AUGGUUUUGGAGCUGGCAGUGCCCGCAAAUGCAGGCCCAUUGCUUCACCGCUCCAUCCAGCACAUUGAGCGUAUUUUCCGGGUGAGGGUCAGCUACGGAUCCGCUGAGUCAAACUGCGACAGCACACAUGUCAGCACCAGCAAUAUAAUCAUAGUUCGUGUCGCAGAGGGCGAGGAAGAUGACUGCACCAAGGCAAAAGUAAGUAACUUUUCUGCGACGUUAACAUUUGCUUCGUGUUUAACAGCCUAGCUAGCUAGCUAUCUGUACUGGAGAGUAACGUUCGCUAGCUAGCUAGCCUAUUAGGCUAAUCUCUCUUGUUGUGGUGGAGUUGAGAACGUCUGACUAGAGCUACAUGUUUACAUGUACUUUUUGUUUUCAUAGUCUUAUGUUGCUAACGUUAGCUAGCUAGUGUACGUUAACUAACGUUACCGCUACAUUGUUAGCUAACUAACUUAGUAGCUAACGUUAGCUACUUCAUGAGGGGCACAAGCUAACUGUUUAGCUAACGUACCUAGCUAGUGCUAUACAACUUGUUUGAGUAUUUUUUUUGCUUUUAAUAAAUGCAAUUUUUACAGUGCUGAAAUUAAGCUAAAUUGUGUGGUUCGUUUCUGUUGGACGCUUUUUAGCUAAUGUGUUAGCUAGCUAGUGUCCGUCUCAUCUAGCCAACGACGUUAACGUUACCAGUAAUGUUUGGGAAAAUAUGAUCACAGAUAAAAAUAUGUGAUCAUAUGCCAAAUGUGCUAAAUAAACUCUUAGCUAUCUAUCUAAUCAAUAUUAGUUCACCUUAGAACGGAUUCAUUGGUGUCUAAUUCUGUAAGCAGCACCAGCUACGAACAUCUCGCACAAAUGUUGCAAACCUCAUCAUAGUUACUUAAAUGACCCCUUAUUUGACAUUGUUUGAGUUUUCACUUCCAGGACUUACUCAUGGUGUUGUGUGCUUCAGAACACAGUGUUCUGGUGUGUAACUACCUCCAUUACUGCAGCAUAUCUGUACUUUGCAGCUUUCGCUGUGGGGUCUCAGCCAUCAUUUACAUUUCAGCUUGGGCAACCAUCUAGUGCUUCUCAAGGCACAUGUUCCACUUGUUGCUAUGAGACUGUGCUGCACAAGCCUGUGCAUGUGCAGUGCUUGAGUAUUGUGGCCUUGCUGUGUCUCAGCCUGUUAUUGGGGGGGGGGGGGGGGGCUCCUUCGCUGUUUUCAAGCUGCUCUGGUCCUCUACUGCUAUGCCAUGUAGUGUAGGAAUACCUGGAAUAGUAUAAAAGUAAUCCUUCUACACCCACGCCCCCAUUUAAAUACAAAAAAGAGAGAAAAAAGGGGUUGUCCCACUGGCUAUCAUAAAUGUAAUGCACCAAUUUGUAAGUUGCUCUGGAUAAGAGCGUCUGCUAAAUGAUGUAAAUGUAACACAUCAGUAUUGUUGUGUGAGGUAGCUACUGGGUUUUCUACAUAUACACAAAUGUCUUUGUGUUGAUGUUGUGAGGUCAUCUGAAAAUAAUCUGCCACUUUGGUUAUUGAAUGUGCUUGCCUCUUCCCAAUAGGUUAUUGUUCAUAUCUUGUAUAGCCUAGCUAUAUUUGUUCUAAGGAUGAAGUACAGUAGUAUCAUUCCACUUUCUCAGGCCAGAUCUACUCCAUUAUCUUAUGUUUUCUAUAGUGUCCUGACUCUCACUUUCUUUGAUAAGAGGUGGGGAAAUAAGUAGGCUAUCUAAAUAAGUAAGUAAAUAAAACCUUUAGGCUCAUCAUCAGCAUAAGGCUCAUCAUAUUACUAAAUCCAGCAUUUUCAUAGAAGAGCACUAAAUAAAAUAACAUGUUUUAAGUCAUGUUAGCCUAUUUCCUUCCCAUAGAAAGACUACUAGAGAUGGACAUUUUCUGUUUUUAUGUGAUUAUCAAAUGUCUAUUUUUCGCUUUGGCUCUUCACAAUGUGGCAGUUAGGAUGCAAUCUGUAUAAAACUGGGGAAAAGAUGUAGCAAUGUACUGAAUUAAUGCUUUUGUUGUGUUUGUUUCUUACAUGGAUUUAUACUCAGCCUCUUAUAUUAUCUGUGUUUUACAUUGUAAAUCUCAUAUUUUGAGGCACGCUAUGUUAACCGUGUUUGCCAGGCUGCCUAGAGAAAGAUGGGCUGUGUUCUGUUAGUCGUGACUGCUGAAAAGCAGUUAGCUGAUGACAGGGCUGUGUUGCUAGGCAACCCAUGUCAUGGGCUGAGCCUCUUGAAGCACUAAUGGAAGUAGCUAGCUAUCUACUAUCUGCAAGACCUGGGGAAGUACCGGUUUCAGGAGCAUAUGCAUUGGGUUUCCAUUUGUUUUAAAGCAUUUGGGUCUGUAUGCAUAUUUAUUUUUUAAAAUGCUCAUGUAAUCUCCAAUGCAUCUCAGCCUUUACAUUAUGACAAUGGAUAAGAUUGAUCUUUCAUUUUAAUAGGGACGGAUACAAUUAAAACAUUGACACAUCAAUUUAUUGAAGAGUGUGGUGCAUUGCACCAUUUCAGUUUGUACUUUUCAUGGGGAGUUCAGGGGCCUUAGAUUUCCUCUGAGGCCAUACUUAACAUUGACACAUGAAUUAGACAUGUAUUGAAUCUUGUACUUGUAGACAGGGAUGACAUUUGGCCAGUUUGGUGUUUUAUUGACAAUUACCCUUUGUUUUCCUCCAGGAUUACAUAGUGUCCUUAAUUUCACCAGCUCACAGAAAGAGAGAGCGUCUAACGUUGGCUUUACACAAACAGCUGGCUGCGCUGAAGUCAGCCAUCGAGUAUGAUUCUCAGGCUGUGGUGGAGGUGAGGGAGCAUGUGGUGGACAUCUCAGGUGGUGAGAGGAACGUGAUGACGGCAUGGUCGACGGUGGAGAAGAUCAAAAUGGAGAAACACCCAUGCAGGGAAGAGGCCCCUGAGCUGACUGAGGCCCAGCAGCCCAGUGGGGAGUCAGAGGAGGGAAGCAGCUCAGAGAGCGAGUCAGAGCAGCAGCAUCAGCUGCAGGUGAACAGCGGCAGCUGUAAGAGGAAAGAGCCCUUCAGUGCCACCAAGCCUCACCGGCAGCUCUGUCGCUCUCCAUGCCUGGACCGGCCCAGCUUCUCCCAGAGCAGCACUCUACCAGAGCUCCGCCCUGACGACACCAAGGCCGCCGCAGUGCUCAAACAUGCCAGCGACAAGGAGUACCAAACCAAGAUGGAGUUUGCCUUGAAGCUGGGAUACUCAGGUGAACAGGUGGAGACAGUGCUGAACAAGUUAGGGGCUGCUGCCCUUAUCAAUGACAUUCUGGCUGAGCUUGUAAGGCUUGGUAAUAAAGGAGAACCGGAAGUUCAAGCCAGCAUUAACACCGGCACGUUCAUCUCCCGUGGAGGCCCCUGUGUCAAAGAGGCUGUCAGUCCGGAGGUGUCACUGGAAGAGGAUUCCGUGGAUCCUUAUGAUAAUCUCAGGCCCAUCGUCAUUGAUGGAUCGAAUGUGGCGAUGAGGUAAGUCUCUAUUAGACUCACACAAUCAAAACAAAUCUAUUUGUACCUCACCUCAUGCAGAAUGUUCUGAACCAUCAGUUUUUUUUAUGGCUGUACUUGAAUUAGUGUUACAAGCAGACCUUUUACUAGAUGUGGUUGUUUUGUUUUGUAGCCAUGGAAACAAAGAGGUUUUCUCUUGCCUUGGUAUCCAAUUGGCUGUUGAUUGGUUUGUGGAGAAAGGACACAAAGACAUCACAGUGUUUGUUCCUGCCUGGAGGAAAGAGCAGUCGAGGCCUGAUGCCCCCAUUUCAGGUACUAAAGCUCUACUUCAAUUAGCCACAUUUAGACGAGAUGUUUUCAAAAAAUGUUGUCUGUGUUGGGUGGGAUCUGUGUGUGUGUGUUCUUUUUUAAUCAGCGUGUGUGGACAUUACGCUCAAUUUUCCCCAUGCAAAAAAGCAUGUCCCACAGUGAGAAAAAUAACUAACAUUUUAAAUAGAUCAUUUUAAAUAAACAAUUACAUUAGUUUGGAUGGAUGUCCCACAAUUCAUUUGAGUUUGUUUUCAAAUGUAAUGCAUAUGAAAAUGUCAAUGUGAAACCACAGGUACAUAGGCCUACUUAGUUCUAUGUAACAAUUUGUACACUGCUGUUCUUGACUGAUUUUAAUGGUUGAACUUUUCUUUUCACAGACCAAGACAUUUUGCGGAAGCUAGAGAAAGAAAAGAUCCUAGUGUUCACCCCAUCUAGAAGAGUCCAGGGAAGGAGAGUGGUAUGCUACGAUGAUCGCUUCAUAGUGAAGCUGGCCUGUGACUCUGAUGGCAUUAUUGUGUCAAAUGACAACUACAGGGACUUACAGAACGAGAAGCCGGAGUGGAAGAAGUUCAUAGAGGAGCGGCUGCUGAUGUACUCGUUUGUCAAUGAUAAGUAAGUCAUCAGAGCCCUCACAGCGACUUGGGUAAUGAGUGUAAUUAACUACAGAAUGACUAAGCAUAUUCUCUUUUUAUGUUUCAGAUUCAUGCCACCUGAUGAUCCUUUAGGAAGACAUGGUCCAAGUUUAGAGAAUUUCCUCCGCAAGCGUCCUGUUGUUCCAGAGCAUAAAAAGCAACCCUGUCCAUAUGGUAGGUUGUCUCAACAAAUGAUGAUUGUAUUUUUGUGGUUGUACUGCUGAUGUCCAUAUUGUUUAACUUGUGCUCUCUUUUAUAUCACCUUAAACAGGGAAAAAAUGCACUUAUGGACAUAAGUGCAAGUACUAUCACCCAGAGCGUGCAAACCAGCCUCAGCGGUCAGUGGCUGAUGAACUGAGGGCGUUUGCCAAGUUGUCUGCUGUGAAGACAAUGAGCGAGGGGGCCCUGGCCAAGUGUGGCACUGGACCCACCACAGCUAAGGGGGACAGUGGCUCUGAGGCUAAACGUGUGGCCCCUAAGCGCCAGUCUGAUCCCAGCAUCCGCUCAGCGGCCUGCGAGCCAGAGGAGAGACUGUCUGCUGUCCGUAAGCCUGAGGCAAAUUCUGUGCCUUCCCUCGUGUCUGCCCUCAGCGUGCCCACCAUGCAGCCUGCCAAGAGCCACGCGGCUGGUGCCUUGAACACGCGAUCAGCCAGCAGCCCAGUGCCCGGCUCCCUCCAGUUCACCCACAGCUCCCUGGAGCACAUGUCUAGUGUACAGUACCCACACCCACCCAUCCUAGUCACCAACAGCCAUGGUGCUUCUGUCACUUACAGUGAACAGUUUCCUAAGUACGAUUCUGUGAGCACAGACCACGGAUACUACUCUAUGCUUAGUGAUUUUUCUAACAUGAGCAUGAGCAGCAUGCACAAUGUGGACAGCUUCUGUAGCAUGGAGCAUGAGCACGGGAUUUAUCAGAGAAAUCCCAGCCAGCAUUGCCCUGAGCCCUGCCUCAGCCACUCUAACAGUGACUCCUUCUCCUCUUAUGGGGAAUUAUACAUGAGCUCAGUGGACAGUAGCCUGGAUGAGAGCAUGAAGGGGCAGCAGUCUCCUGCACAGAACAGACUCCAGGCCUUCUCCCAUGGGGGGUUCCACCACGAAGCACUGACCCGGGUGCAGAGCUAUGGCCCUGAGGAGCCUAAGCAGGGUCCAAGUGGGAAGCAGUCCAUAUCCCACCUGGCACCGCAUGUCCAGCACCCUGUUGUUGGGGCCAGGUCCAGCUGCCCAGGGGACUACCCCUUACCUCAGAAUGUCCUCCCGUCACAGUCCUCGCAGCCGGGACGCUCCCUGGGCAUGACACGCAUGGACAGCAUCUCAGACUCCAGGCUGUACGAGAGUAACCCUAUGAGGCAGCGGAGACCCCCACUGUGCCGCGAACAGCACGCCAGCUGGGACCCGCUGCCCUGCGGCAGUGAAUCCUAUGGAUACCACUCGUACCCCCUGAGUAACAGCCUGAUGCAGCCAUGUUGUGAGCGGGUGAUGGUCCGCAGCAUGCCUGACAAGAUGGAGCAGAUCUGGAGGUCUCCGUGGGAGAACCCGCCUCAAGCUGAGCACCAGGAGCGCCAUGUCAUCCCAGAGCACCAGUACCAAACAUACCGCAACCUCUGCAACAUCUUCCCCGCUUUCGUGGUGCACUCUGUCAUGGAGAAAAACCCUCAUCUAAUGGACCCACAACAACUCGCUGCCGUCAUUGUCACGAAGCUGAGGUCUUGCCAUUAA